AUGGAGCAAGGCAAGCGAAAACAGAAGCUACGAUGGGGGUUUUGGCAGUGGUGUUCGAUAGAAGAAGAACAACGAAGCUGCGGUGAUUCACGAAGAGACAGUAGUGGAUAUAACCUAAGUGGGUAUACCCUAGAACAAGAACAAAGUGUUCUUGUGUUCUUGGCUGAAAUCGAUCUGGCCCUCUAUGUUGAUGAGGCAACAUCUGAGCUUAUAAAGGCUAAUUUGGAGCAAACUCUUGAACAAUACAGACCAAUAUUGUUGUCCUCUUUGUCAUUUUCCAAGUUUACCCUCGGCACGGUGGCCCCUCAGUUUACUGGAGUUUCUAAUGUUGAAGAUGGAGGUGAAGGAAUAACUAUGGAGUUGGAAAUGAAUUGGGAUGGAAACCCUAAUAUAAUACUUGAUAUCAAGACUAGACUAGGAGUUGGGUUGCAUGUCCAGGUUAAGAAUAUUGCAUUCACUGGGGAAUUGUUGUUCUUUCUUUUGCAAACAAAGGGCAAACUUAUCUCUUCAUUUGUAUAUUUUUCUGAUGAUAAAAUAUUAGCUGCAUUAAAUACCAAGAUCAGAGUUCUCACCUUAGAUGAUGGAGAAGAACUACUUAAGUUUUCCACAGAUUUUGGUCCUGUGAAGCAUACACAUAUGUUGGAUGAUACAAACACCAUAAUUACAUAUGUAUUUGGUGACAAGAAUCUGCACAUGUGGAAAAAUGGAUCAAGUCAACAACCAUUAGCUACAAGAGACUAUGCAUCGAGGUUGGAAGGUUCGGAUGCCGGCAUAGCAUCGUUGUUGGAAUCGAUGGAAUUUUGUUUGAAGUUGUGGGGUUUGGAAGCUUGUGUUUUGGAGGACCUAGCAAAAGUUCUCAAUCUGGUGCAUAUCAGGAAGGAUCUUGUGGAAAGUGGUCACGCGUUGCUAAACCAUGCUUAUCAGAAUCAACAAUAAUACGAAAGGUAUGAUGGUGGAACUGGAAUCCGAGAUUCCGACGGAAUUGGAAUAUGUGAUUCCAUUCCGAUGCCAAAUAAACGGAGUUUAAUUCUAUCCGAAGGUGGAACCAGAAUCAGUGAUUCCGACAGAACCAAAACCUUACAGAAACUUCAAAUGAAAACCAAAAUUGCAAGAGAACCUUUGACAUUAUGGUUGGUGUAAUGGAAUGUAUUUUUGUAUAUGUAUGAUAUUUGAUUUUUCAUUAUUAGACAUUAAAU